CCGGUCUUGACAGACGCUUCUAUAUAUAUAGCUCCGCGAUUGUUUUCGAAUAUUCGAAUUUAAGCGAAACAACAUUCGGCGUAAUGAGUAAAAAUGAAAACUUUUUGUACACGUAGAUGACUGUAAAUAUAGCGAUUUGUUGUCAACUCAUUCAAUUCGCGAAGACGAACCUUCCAGACGAACUAUGCUAAGUAGACAACAUGGCGACGAUAUCGCGGUAAAUCGUAGCACGUUAUCGGAAAACGUCAUUCCGUUAACGCAUGUUGAUACUUAAAACUUGAUCGAAAAUUUCUUCCAAAUUAAAAUAAGUUUGACGUUAGAAAAUUGAUAACGGACCGUUUUUUAAUUAAGCGUGUGCGCGCAAUUUUGAGAAGGAAAAGUUAAUCGGUUUGGCGAGAGUCUGAAAACGAACGUGGAAUUGUGUCAUUAUUAGUUCUAGCUUCAAAAAUUCACCAAAUUUAAAAAUGAAUUACAAAAAUCGCCGAUAUUUUUCAUAAAUCUCGUACGUACAGUUCAACGAAAUAAACCAUUUAUUUCGAGUCAGUUUAGGGUGUAUUCAUUGUUUUUCAUCCUAACCUCAAAACUUCGCUGAAUUUGGAAAAAAACGAUGAACUGACAAACGCCAGCGAUUAAUAACGUAACAAAUAAAUGUGCAGUAUUGUUGCCACUAUAAAAAUUACGUUUUUAAUCAUUGAUAAGCAUCAUAUUGUUAAAAGUCCUAACCUCAAAAAAUUCGCACAAAUGCAUUAAAAUCCGUGUCAAGACGUAUAAAAUUUGUUAAUUCGUUAAAAACAUAAAAAUGACAGAAUUGGUAGUCGCAAAGAAGAAACAUACGAAAUUAUUUAAAUGGCUGAUUCAAAUGAUGCCGACCGAAUUCGCUGAAUACGACUCUAGCAGAAUGAGCUUUGCUUUUUUCUCCAUUUCUGGUCUUGAUGUGCUCAAUACACUUGACGAAUCAAUGGCACCAGAUGAAAAGAAACGAGCGAGCGACUGGAUAUACAGACUUCAGGUACGAAAUAAUGGCCCGAAGGAUGGUUUCCAAGCCUCUACUAUGGUUCCUGAUUCGGUACCCAAGUAUCAACGAGGCCACCUUGCAAUGACCUAUACAAGCCUAGCGACGCUUCUUGUACUUGGUGACGACCUUGCACGCAUCCAACCAUAUCGGAAAGCUCUAGCUCUUGGUGUUCAAGCUUGUCAAUGCCCUGACGGUUCCUUCUCUGCCAUGCUAAAUAACAGCGAAAGUGAUAUGAGAUUCCUGUACUGUGCCUGCUGCAUUUCUGCCAUUAUCGACGAUUGGAGCGGCGUUGACAAACCCAGAGCGAUAGAAUACAUUUUACAAUCCAUUUCGUACGACGGUGCAAUGGGUCAAGGGCCGGAUCUCGAAUCACACGGCGGUUCAACCUUCUGUGCGGUUGCUAGUCUUGUGUUGAUGAAGGAACUCGACAAUGUACUUUCCAACGAUCAACUGCAAAGACUGAGAAGAUGGUGUCUAAUGAGGCAGACUGAUGGUUUUCAAGGUCGACCUGGUAAACCCUCGGACACCUGUUACAGUUUUUGGAUUGGGGCUACUUUGCAACUUUUGGAUGUUGCACAGUUUUCUGAUCAUAAGGCUAAUCGGGAUUUCGUUCUCAGCACUCAGGAUAUGAUUUUUGGUGGUUUUGGGAAGUUCCAAGAUGCCCGGUCUGAUCCACUUCAUACAUAUUUAGGUCUCGGAGGUCUCAGCCUGCUCGGUGAACCGGGACUCCAACCUAUGAAUGCUGCACUCAAUAUAUCGAAUCGUGCCUACGCGCACUUGAAGGAGAUUCACAAAAGAUGGCAAAGCGAGUGACGCAGCGAUGAAGGAGUGAAAAAAUCGUAACGAAAUAAUGUAGUGCAACGUCCUGUCAUUUCGGGAUUUCUCCCGGAAGCUUACAGAAAGAAAAAACGAAAAGAAAAUAAAAAAACAACGCACAUAGCCAAAUUCGCUGUUCGGCAUUAUCGUCGAUGGUCACAAACGAAAUUGAAAUCAUUUUUCCACGAUUGUCAAUUAAUAUUACUAUUAUUACUAUUACUAGUAUUAUCAUUAUUAAUAUUAUUAUUAUUCGUUAUGUAUUUGUGUAUACAACGUUCUAAGCAGGUGCUAGUUGUGCUGAUUUGUUAUCAACGUAUUUUAUCACUAAUAUAUACAACAUUAUAUUUAUAUACAUACAGUUAAUACAUGCAUUAUUUAAUUUA